AUGCCGAUCAUCCGCCCAUUCCUCGCCAUAUGCGCAAUGCUCAUGAGUGGCUUGUCCGUCGCUCAACUCCCACCUGCUUCAGACAUCGGCCCAGCUGCAUUUCUGUGGCCCGAAGAAAGGCCUUGGUGCCCCGAUGCAGACAACACUCCACCUUGCGGAUCCAGCUACGGCGUCGGUAAAAGGACCGAGUUCCCGUUGACGAAUGGCCGACUCGCUCUGGUCGCUCAGGAGAACACACACGCAGUGCAAAUCGGGAUCUCGUACUUCGAUGAUCCUCAGACUCUCGAUGAUUUCGAGAUCUUCUACGAUCCUUCCGAGAUCAAUCUCAAGCCUGGACAUACCUGCAUCCGGGCUCCCGACGCUCCACACGGCAUCUACAUAGGUGACCAUGCGACUUUCUUCAUGCGCUAUGUGCCGAAUGAGGUCCCGGAAGAAGCAUACUAUGCGUGCAGUGACGUUCGCUUUGUGGCGGAGGCAGACUUCAAGGCUGAUGGGGUGGAUACGCAUUGCUUCAAUGUCACCUACCGUUGA